AUGGACAUCAUGCUUGCCUUGCUGCAGGUCGAGAAACUCCGCCCUCGACCGGAACUCGUUUUGCGGUGGCUCAAACGCUUGUCUGAGCUCUUCCUUGAAAUCCUCGUACGUGCUAAAGCACGUAGGAUCCGAGAGUCGGCGUCCAUACGCCCAACUUCUCAGGUCGAGCUAGACAGUGAGGGCGAAGCCGCUGCAGGCGGCGAUUGUUACGUGGCGGCUAUUGCUAAGGUCGGCCAGUUCAAGCGUGACCAAGUGGAGUCGAUGAAGUGGUUGUGGAACCUACAAGCUACAUGCCGUGAUGCUGUAAUUUGUUGCUCGUGGCUUCACCACGAGGUAAGAGCUGCUCGUGCCCCUCCCUCUCCGUGUGCCGGUGCAUUCACCGAGCUAUUGGAGAACUGGCCGUACAAUGAACUGCGUGGCUUCGGAUUCGACCUGACGUACUCGGAUCAGUAUUGCUUCCGCGACUCGGCCUGGCUAAAUGAUGACGCGAUGAAGGCAUUUGCUGUGGCGCCGGCUAGCUACAAGAACAAUGUGACGAUUACGGCCACGCCGCAAGGGCAUGGUGAGACUACACAGCAGAAACGAAGUCGUAAGGGCCUGCUUUCAUCCAACACACUGGAGGACGUCAUUGCAGGUGUUUCGACGUGUGCAUUUGUGCUGCUGCCCGUCAAUUUCGGGGGCACUCACUGGGGAUGUCUCGUUGUCGACCGAGAUGCCAAACAUGUGAAGACGUACGACAGCAAGAAUGGCAAGCGCAAUAAGCAGAGGUUGAAGAAGAUCGCGAGUGAGAUUAUUGCUGCAGAUGCGACUAUGGCGAGCUACACGACUGUCGAGGUGACCGAGCCUCUUCAGUCCGACAGUGAUAGCUGGUGUUUUCGUGUGUCGCUUCUUCUGGACCUGUGUUAG